AUGACCUCAGAAACCGAAAUAGACGUCGAGAGCGAGGUCAACGCGACCGACCACUACGUGCCGUACUACCAGAGGCCGGAAACUUACAUCGUCCCCGUCCUCUUCGCUAUCAUUUUCAUCGUCGGUGUCAUAGGUAACGGCUGCCUCAUCGUCAUUUUCGUGAAGAACAAAACCCUGAGAAACGUCCCCAACACCUACAUAAUCUCUCUGGCCCUCGGAGACCUCCUGGUGCUCUUCUUCAGCGUGCCCUUCGUCUCCACCAUUUACACGAUCGAGUCCUGGCCCUACGGAACCUUCGAGUGCAAGUUUAGCGAGCUGGUGAGGGAUGUGUCCGUCGGGGUGACUGUCUUCACCCUGACGGCGCUGUCGGCGGAUCGUUACCUCGCCAUCGUCUCGACUGUUCGCAGGGUGAGAGAGCUGGCUGCGGGCGGCGCUGGGCGGAGGACGGUGCGGUUCGCGGUGGCCAUCUGGUUCCUGGCGGUGGUGCUGGCCACUCCCGCCGGCGUGUUCUCCCACGUGCAGGUGUUCCAGGUAUCUGAAGGAAAGGCAAUCAGCGUGUGCUACCCUUUCCCGGACUACUUGCCCGACUGGUACCCACAGACCAACAUCAUCGUCAAGGCCCUUCUCUACUACCUGCUGCCGUUGGUGGUCAUCGCCACCUUUUACCUGCUGAUGGCGCGGCACCUGCUGGCCUCCGACGACGUGCCUGGAGAGUCGCGCGUCUUCCACGGCCAGAGGAGGACGCGGAGGAAGGUCGCCCAGAUCGUGCUGUGCUUCGUGCUCAUCUUCGCCGUGUGCUUCCUGCCGUCCCACGUGUUCCUGCUGUGGUUCUACCUGGACCCGCUCGCCUCCGUCAAGUUCAACGGCUUCUGGCACGCCCUCAGGAUCAUCGGCUUCUGCCUCAGCUUCAUGAACUCGUGCAUCAACCCCAUCGCCCUCUACUGCAUAUCCGGUACCUUCAGAAAGUACUACAACCGCUACCUCUUCUGCUGCUGCCGCUGGGUCGACCAAGGGCACCGAACCCGCGCCUUCCUCCGGCCGGGUCGCUCGGGGAUCUCGGGCUGCAGGUCCUCCACGCUGCGGGCCACCGAGACCAUCACGCUGACGACGCUCAUCAACGAGCGCGCCUCACCCGCCGCCUCCUGACACAUGCCCGCGGGAGGGUGCUCCGCCACGCCGCUGCGCCCGCACUCUCCAGACCACCACCACGACGGCUGCGACGGCAACUUCCACAAGUUCUCCUCUCCCAGACGCCGAGGAUGUGAGAUCCUGGCGAACGACAGUGACGACAUCGAGAGUACCAAGUGCGUUUACGAAGUUGUGGAACUGUAGAUGUAAACGAAUUACAAAGCGACAAACAGACUAGGACCUCUCUCCAAAUAAAAAGGUCCUAUGUUGAAUCUCGGGAAGCAAAAUGCCCGUCUGCUUCGUAUCAGUGAGCGGGAACCAAGAUAUACAUGACCAUUCGUAAUAUCCGUGCCAGACUUUUACGUUCACUUAUGAGCCAGGGAGUGGAGGUUAAGUGACCGCGAGUGAAAACGAAAAGGCUGAACUGACGCAAAAGUCGCGAUCCGCCCUCGACUAAAUAUACGAGUAUUGACUAAAAUGUAUGUUACAUUUCCUCUCAUGAGUGUUCUUGAUGUUGACCGUAAACAACAGUGUUAAAGGUGUACUUCUCUCCAUCUCUUUAUGUUAUCGCGGUUCUCUCAGGGUGUUUCUUCUGUGGACAUCUUGGGACGCCUUGCA